AACUGUUUUGGAGAAAAAAGUAGUGGCACACUAGUUUGGGGAAAAAAAAAAAGAGAGUGAGAAUCCCAAUUCUCAACAGCUGCUUGAAGUAUCGGGCAGCGCCAGUUUGACAGUCCUACUCGUCCCAUUCCAACACCAAAUCAAACACCUUGCUUCAUCGAAUUCAAUUAUCUCUGGGAAUAAGCAAAGGCUAAGUACACGUUUACAAUCUACCGGGAAUUUUGGGAAAGAAAUCAGCAAACAUGGUCGUUGACGCUGAGGAAGGAACUUUGCUUAAAUUUGCACCGUUUCAAAGUAGAGUGGAUGAGGGUUUCUGGCAUAGAUUGUCUUCAUUGAAGCUCAACAAAUUACGGCUUGAUGAAUCUCCAAUGCCCAUUACUGGUUUUUUUGCACCUUGUUCGCACAAGCAAGUUCCAAGUCGUCUGACCCUUCUGGCCGAGUCUUUGCCUAGUGAAGAUCAAAAACAAUCAUCAUCCUUACCUGCUACUUUGAAUCAGGGGAAUAGGAAUAGAUGUCCUGUACCUGGCAUUCUUUACAAUACGAACACUUUGGAGGGCUUCAAUGCCAUUGAUAGAGUGAGCUUACUUGAGACUGAAGCUAAGAAGAUUUGGGAUGAUAUUCACAAUGGUAAAGUGGAGGAGAGCAGCUCUGUGCUCUUAAGAUUCAUGGUUAUAUCAUUUGCAGAGCUGAAAAAAUGGAGCUUUUGUUAUUGGUUUGCUUUCCCUGCUCUAAUGCUUGAUCCUGCAGCAAGGGUGGUUAGUUUGCGGUCAGCAUCCCAGUGCCUUAGUUUAGAACAGGCUGAGUCCUUGUCAUCAGCAUGUAAUGAGUGGCGUAAUACAAGCUCUACAACAGGUGUGCCAUUUUUUCUGGUUUGUAUUGCUUCAGACUCUCAUGUUACUCUUAGACAUCUAGCUGAUUGGGAAGCUUGCAUCGAUGAUGGUCAAAAGGUUUUAUUUGGUUUUUAUGACCCUUGUAAUGUUCCAUAUCCUGGUUGGCCACUUCGAAAUUAUCUUGCAUAUAUUUGCAUAAGAUGGGGUCUUGAGAAGGUUCAUUUCUUGUGCUAUCGCGAGACUCGUGGUUUUGCAGAUUUAGGGUUUUCACUCAUUGGAGAAGCUUCUAUAUCAGUUUCACCAGAAUGGAAAACUCGUGACUGUACGCCUAAAGCUGUUGGAUGGGAAGUGAACAAAGGGAAUGCUAAACCAAACUUCAUCAGCCUUGCAAAGGCUAUGGAUCCAACUAGUUUAGCCAUAUCAAGUGCAGAUUUGAAUUUAAAGCUUAUGAAAUGGCGUGCAGUGCCAGAUUUGAACCUCAGCAUCUUGUCUGCUACUAGAUGUCUUAUACUGGGAGCAGGUACACUUGGAUGCGAAGUUGCUAGAUUGCUUAUGGCUUGGGGUUUCCGUAAAAUUACAAUGCUUGAUAGCGGCAAGGUUGCCAUUUCGAAUCCACUGAGGCAGUCCCUGUACACAUUAGAUGACUGCGGUGAAUUUAAGGCCAUUGCUGCAGUUAGAAGUUUAAAUCGCAUCUUUCCUGCAGUGGAAGCAGAAGGCAUUGUGAUGGCUAUUCCAAUGCCUGGGCAUCCGGUGGCCGAACAAGAAGAGCAAAGUAUGCUUGAGGAUUGUAAACGGCUGCACGAUUUAGUUGAAUGUCAUGAUGUAAUAUUCUUGCUGACUGAUACGCGAGAAAGUCGGUGGCUGCCUACUCUUCUUUGCUCUAGUGCCAACAAGAUAGCUAUUACAGCAGCUCUAGGAUUUGAGAGCUUUGUAGUUAUGCGUCAUGGAGCUGGUCCUUUGAGCAUGAUCAAAGAUUCUGGAGCUCUAAGUAGUUUGUCUGCUGAAAUGCACAACCUCUCACUUACAAACAGGAUGGGAAAACGGAGACUAGGAUGCUAUUUCUGUAAUGACGUGGUUGCGCCAGUUGAUUCAACUGCAAACCGUACCUUGGAUCAGCAGUGCACAGUUGCUCUUCCUGGACUUGCUUCUAUUACAUCUGGCUAUGCUGUUAAACUUCUAGCAGGAAUUUUACAAGAUCGUUUGGGGAUAUUUGCGGAUGCUGAAUUUGCAAACUCAGCUAAUAACCCAAGCAGUGAGAAUUGUCUUGGUAUCUUGCCCCAUCAGAUUCGAGGAUCUCUCUCCCAGAUGUCUAUGAUAACACUUGUGGGGCAUGCCUCUUCUAGCUGCACUGGUUGUAGCAGCACUGUGAUAUUGGAAUAUCAGAAGAGAGGGCUGGAUUUUGUCCUUCAAGCUAUCAAUACACCUAUGUAUCUAGAGGAUCGAACCGGACUAACAGAGCUGAAAAAGUCAGCUGAUUCUUUUAAUUUGGAUUGGGAAGUUGGAACUGAUGAUGCGGAGGAUGAUUGUGUGGAAAUAUAAAAUCUUCUGGUGCAAUUAACUUCAUCUGAUCAUAUAAAAUCUUCUGGUGGAAAUUAACAUGAAUGUUCUUGUUUGAAGUGUUGUAGAAAUCACCAGAAAAGAGACGAAAGUUUGACUUCUACUUGAUUUGUCCUUUUCUUUUUUUCUUUUGGGGGGGGGGGUGGGGUGGGGGAAGUCUGUUGAUGUAGUUUCACUUGCAGAAUGGUUGGUACAAGGCAAACAGAAAGAAGGAAAAAGUUUUGAAGACAAGAAGUUAUCUUUACCUACUAGGAUGUGCUUCUUGCUUUCCCGUUUUCUGUGGCAUCCCCAAAAACUAGUUAUUAGAACUCUUGGGAGUGGUUAGCUGGCAAACAGCAUAAGAAGAUGUUCCAAAAUUGCAUCCAUUCCCAGUGCUACUAAUUUCAGAAAUUGUUUUGGUAAUGCAGUUUGUAGUUACAAAAAAAAAGAUACUACUAUUAUUCCUGUUAUUUGUUGGAUACCUGGCUCCGAAUGAAAGCUGCAGGUUUCGUGACAAAUUCUCUGAUUAAAGUCUUUAGUAAAGACACAAUCAUGCAGGUUUCCCAAGUAUCUUUUAGUUCCAUUCAACUUGAAUCAGGUUCAUGUACUAUAUGCAUACCCUUAAAAGUUUAUCUCUUUUUACGAAUAACUGUUUGCAGAUAUGAAGUUUCCUUUUACUACUUAUUUGUGCAUAACUCUGGAACUAGCUGUUGUUCUGGUUGCAUGCAACGCUCAUAUUGUUUGGCAUUUUAUCUUUGAUCAUGGUGGAGACCUCUGUGAAUAUAAAGGUGUGGAAUAUAAUUACAUGUAAUUUAGAUGGUAUUAGCUUUAACAUAUGAAGGAUGGGAAUAAUUAUUGUAAACCUUUGUAACUGCACAAAAUAUUGUACUGUUCAAAGAUAUCCUAUGAUUCUCAUGUCAUUUGUCAAGUGUUAUUUUAUUUUCAAGUACACUGCUUUUGUUUCUAGUCUGUCGUUACAUCUAUUUGUUAGUUUAAACACUUUCAGGUACAGUACAACUUUCUGGCUGGUGAGUUUGCGUUAGUUCACAGCCUAGAAUCUUAUUAUGGAUCAGCAUUUGGCCAUUGGAAGGUGUAUCAUUUGUCAAUUUUACUACAUAAAAUGGAGUUAGUGCAUUAAAGAACAGUUUUCUUCUUCGCCGCUUGACCCCUGUUAUAUUUCGGAUCCGCCCUUUUCCUGUUUCUCCAACUUUUAGUAUCAAAUUAGUGUUUCUUUGCAUGAAUACGGUUAUUAGUUGAUAUGUGGGCAGCAUGUUUUUUUGGCUUGAUCUUACUCAGUUUCUUGUUCCUUUGUAUGACAAACGCUAGUUUGUCGAAGAACUCAUCUUUACAUAGUUGGUCUAAUUAAAUAAAGAGAAAGGAUAAGCUACCACAUAUUUUGAUCC